GCAAUGCACCGCAUUUUAAUCGUUGGCGCUGGAGCAACUGGCUCUGCUGCUGCUUUGCGUUUGCGACAAUUGGGAAAUGUUGAGCUGGAGGUUUGGGAGAAAGCACGUGGACCAGGAGGCCGCAUGAGCACCAACCGCCAAGAAGUCAAUGGCGCUACUGUACGAGCUGACAUGGGAGCUCAGUAUUUGUCAGUCGAUGAGUCAGACUCCGCAAGUUUGCAAGUUGCCGAUAUGCUGUUGUCAUCGGGUGUUUGUGCCCAGGUCUCAUCGGAGCAUCUCAGUGCCACGCCGGAGCGGCCAAAGCAGGCAAAGCACCUGGCAGGCACAGCUGGAGGCGUCAACGAUGCACUGAAACUGCUCUUGGAGGAGGCAGGUGCCACUGUGCAUUAUGAGAAGCGCGUGGCAUCCUUAGAUUUGCAGAGUGGACUUUGGCGCGCUCGCCCUUUUGAAGGAGCACCAGGCAUGUUUGACGCCGUGCUCGUCGCAGUCCCUGGGUGUGGUGUAGGUGGUGACAACCUCCUGAAAAUUCAUGGGAGCUGGGAAGGGAUGCUGAAACAAGAGCAGAACAAGCAGCUCAUGGCUGCUCAGCAUGAUCAGCGCUGGUCGUUUGCAUUCUUCCUGCCAAACGAUUGUCAAGGGGUGUGCAAGCGCUAUUUUGGACCCAAAGCCGUUGAGAAGGUGGUUGAUGAUGAUGUCCUCCACUUGUUGUGCUAUCAGUCUCGUAAGACAGAGAUUGCUAGCAAAGCUGCGUCCGGGGGCUUGGUUCUGGUGGCGCAUACGACCAAAGAGUGGGCCAAGCUCCAUGCACAGCGAGGUGGAAAAGAUGAACGGCUUCUGAAGGAAGUGGCUGCAUGUGUUCAAAAGCUCAUUGGUUUGGAAGGCCCACUCUCGAAGUUGACAAGCGUUUCCAAAGUCAUUACGUGGAAGCAAAGUCAGGUUGAAAGGCCAGUGUCAUCGGACGGACCCUACAUGGUCGUGAGCCACAGUCCACCACUCCUACUUGCUGGCGACUAUUUUACACACUCCAGUUUUAGCGGCUGUGUGCAGAGUGGAUUUGCUGCAGCAGAGAGUCUGGCAGCUUUGCUCAAGGAAGCAACCCCGAAGGCUGCUGAUGUCUGUCCAGACGUUUCUGAAGGGACUGGGAAAAAAGGCAAAGGCAAAGGCGGCAAAGGCAAAGGCAGCCAGGGGAAGGACAGAUACAAGCAUGACUCCUGGGAUUACGAAGGUGGCUCGAACGGAAAGGACCACUCAAAGAGCGGAAAAGGCGGAAAGAGUUCAAAGGGCAAGCGUAGAGAAGGACAAAGUGGCUAUGGUGGUUAUGGAAGGUACGGCUGGGACCCAUACAACUGAAAGUUGAGAAUCUGGCGCUGUUUCGCAGCGAGCCGAAGCAAAAGAGUGUCAAUUUGGCUUCACGUUUUGCUAAAUCUGCAAAACAUUUUCCCAAAUCUGCACAAUUUGCCGCUUUGGUUUUGCUGCCUCAGAAGCUGCUGGCCCUACUCUGCAAACAUACCAUGCGCAUCUCUUCCAUCAAGUCCAGCCUGCUGAGAAACCAGCUCUGAUUUUUUUUUCGGCUCCCAAAGCUCCUGGAGUAUUUGCAGCCUGCCAGGGUUCGCACAUGGUUCGCAC